CCUCUUCACCUUCAGAAGGUGGGCAACAUGUGAUGUCUAUCCCCAAGCUGCAGCAGGUGCCGGGUCUUCAGGCCCACAACUCCUCUCAGCCCGACAUCGCCCUGCACGCCCGCCCAGCAUCCAGCACCAUUGCAGAAAACUCUCCUUUCACUCGGCAACUGUGAAGUGGAGCAGAACAACCUCCCACCGGUCCUCGUUUUGGAUUCUCUUCCACAGGCAACCCGUUUUGGGCAUGAGGAGGGGCAUUUUUACUGUGUGAUAAAUAUGAGCAGCGUGGCACACCGAUUUAGAUUUAUUGAUCCAUAAAUGGAACUGAAUGUAGGAGAGUGGUUAUUAAAAUGAACACCUUUCAGAAAGGCAUGGAGGAGCAAGGAUGUACAGUAUGUGGAAAGUAAUGUGUUUUUGAACCUUAAACUGCGUAACCACAUUGCAUUACCCCAAAUACACAAAAUAAUGUUCUUCUUAGCAAUGCCAUAUGACCCCUUUAUCUUUUCCCAACCAUAUGAAAGGGAAAUAAUAAUAAUAAUAAUAAUAAUUUCUUACAAAUUGGUACAUAUAUUUUAUAUAUAUAGCAUAAUACAUGCUUGCUUUUAUUUUUACAUGAUUUCAGAGCUGAAUAUAGAUGACAAGUCUACAGUGAAGGCAAAGGGGUUAUGGGAAGAUUGGCACAUGCGACAAGCAUUGGACCAAGCCUCUAGAGUCAACCAUCGCUCAGCAGGUCUCACGCUGUCAUCCCGCACAGAAAGCCACAACACCUCUGAGGCUAUAACUCCCACAACCCCGACAUCUAGCAGCCAGAACCGCUUGGGCGGCGCACCUUCCUUAAACACCAUUUCCGGCCUGGCCAGCGGUCCUGGCAUGGACCAUGUGAAAAGUGGAGGUUUGGUGGGGAUGCUGGGACCACAGCCCAAAGCUCCCCGGGGCCGCAAGAAGAUUAAAGCAGAGAACAACACUGGCCCAUUGUUGGUGAUGCCCUAUCCGCUUCUGGCCUCAGGCCCUGACCAGGCAGUUACCAUCGCCAAAGAGGGAAAAACAUACAGGUGUAAAGUGUGUCCCCUUACUUUCUUAAACAAGUCAGAGAUGCAGAUUCAUUCCAAGUCCCACACAGAGGUCAAACCCCACAAGUGUCCUCACUGUUCGAAGUCAUUCGCCAACGCAUCAUACCUAGCACAGCACUUACGUAUUCACUUAGGCAUUAAACCCUACCACUGCUCCUAUUGUGAGAACUCCUUCCGCCAGUUAUCACAUCUCCAGCAGCACACCAGGAUUCAUACUGGUGACAGACCAUAUAAAUGUGCCCAACCAGGAUGUGAAAAGGCAUUCACACAACUCUCGAACUUACAGUCUCACCAGAGACAACAUAACAAAGACAAGCCAUACAAGUGUCCGAACUGCUACCGUGCAUACACAAACUCGGCCUCCUUACAGAUCCAUCUCUCCGCACAUGCCAUUAAGAACGCUAAAUCGUACUGUUGCAGCAUGUGUGGGCGCGCAUACACCUCAGAGACCUACCUUAUGAAGCACAUGUCCAAACACACCGUGGUGGAGCAUCUGGUCAGCCACCAUUCCCCACAGAGAACAGAAUCUCCCAACAUCCCCAUACGCAUUUCACUUAUUUGAGCUUCCUCCUCCAUGCUAUUCUAUUUAUUACAAGGUAUUUUGUUCACUGCAAUAGUCUUCCGUUAAAGGGGUCCCAUUAUGCUAUUUUACAAAGUCUUGCUUGAUUUUGUUUUGGGGUGUACUAGAACAGGUUCUCACGUUUAGGUUUUUCAAAAAAAAAAAUAUAUAUAUAUAUAUAUAUAUAUAUAUAUAUUUUUCACAUUUACUGUGCAUUAUAACAACACCUCUCUCCCAGUAUGAACAGCUUGAAUAGUUCCUGUAUCAAAUGAAGGCCCACCUUCUGAAAUAGGAAAUGUGUUGUGAUUGGUUAGCUGGGCUAGUGUGUGUUGUGAUUGACAGCACUCAGCGCCCGAUCUGGAAAUGUUAUGCACCUUACCAUAGCCACCAGCGAGCUUCAGUGUAAAUAUUGCGUCAAAAUCAAAUUUAAACCCAGAUGAUUGUAACCACUCUACGUUCGUCUGCCUUGGGAAAGCUAGCUUGUCUCUGACAUCGUGAAAUAACACUCGUUGCCUUCUAUAGUGCAGCUCAACCAAGUCUCGUCAAGGGCUGCACAAUUAAGCAAAUAUCUAAUCGCGAUUAUAAUCAUGGAAGCCACAAUUACGUGAUCGUUCAAAGCGGCAAUUAAUCGUUUAAAGUCCACUUAUGUUAUUCUGCGUGCUUAAGAUGCAUUUUUUUCUUUACAAAUUAUCUUAAGGGUUUUUCAUAUUAUUUAAAUUAUAGUUUUAGUAUAACAAUGUAAUACAAUUCAUAUUUUUACUUUUUUAUAAUUUAAAGAAGAAACAAAUCCGAUGUAUAGGUGACAUUUAAGGCUUAAUACUAUUGAAAAGCACUAAAAUAAAAAUUCAGUUAGAGCCGAUUUUUUUUAUAUAUAAAAAUACAGCAUGCAGUUGCAUCAAACCAUGGUAUGAACAUCAUUCAGUGUAAUUUGUCAUAAUCAUAAUUAAUAAUCGACUAUUAUGAUUUUUAUCAUAAUCGUGCAGCCCUACUCUCAUCCCAUUCGUCGGUAUAUGAGAAAUCACAAAUCCCGGAAAAUAUGCGUUGUAGUCCAAACGAGUCAUUCAUUGGCGUUUUUGAAAAGUGAUUUCUGUUUAAUAAAAUAUCUUCUUUUGAAAUGGACUUUGAGCGUUGUAACUUUGCAGAUCUUGUUUAUCCUCAAACGGAAACAUUACAGACUAACUAAAGUUGAAAAAGUGAAAAAGCAUAAUAGGACCCCUUUAAAAAAAAAAAAAAAAAAAAAAAGGGACAUGCUAAGUGUUGAGACCUCGGAGGACAUUUGAGUCUGAUAUUGUCUUUGCCCCUUUAGCUCUUAGUGAAAUUAAGCCUUACAGGCCACAGACAUUGGUUACAUUCAACUCCAGACACCAGUCUAAAGGAUUUUAAUUGAUUAUUCCAAAAACACAAGAGUGUCACAGUUGUGAUCAUUUUAACAUUUUGUUUCAAAGGUGUGUAAGGGAGACUUCCAAAGAUACUCUUUAAGCACUUUUCAGCCUUGUGGUUUUGGCUCAAAGUCGAAUGAAUCUUUUCAAAAUGGGAGCAACUUCUCGCUUUGGGCAGCUAUGAGAGUUUAAACUUCGUUAUAACAGGAUGUUGUGUUUUAUUUUACUGUGGAUAUGACACUUCUUUCACUUUAAGCUUCUAUUACUCUUUUAGGUCAUGGUGAGAAAUGGAAAGGUUACGUUUUGAGUUCUGUAUGCCUUGACACAGUUGCGGUUAAGUCAGUUUUGUGGAUUUUAUAAGAGCGCUAAUUGGCUCUUAUAUAUCUUGUAUUUUGCUCUGAAAGGUGAAGGAAUUACAAGAAAUCACCCACUAACAAAAAAAGAGUCUCAAAAAGGACACUCUCUAAAAUAGUUACUUGCAUCGUAGAUGUUAAACUUGUUUCAGUUUUUGUGUGCAAUUGCCCUUGCAAUCAUAGUAUUUUAAGGAAAAAGUGUCCUUUGUCUUUUUUUUAUUUUUAUAAAUGGCAUAAUUGCAUGAUGACAGUGUCCAUUAAAUGGAUGUUUGUCAUGAUGUUACAGAAGAAGUGUCACACAGGUUCAGUGUUGUUAACUGAAUCACACAUUUAGGGUGUAACGUGACCUCUGAACUCUGUUAAGUGUUAAUGCCCUCUAUUCUUCCCAACAUAAUCAAUGCAAAAGCACCUUUAGACAUUAAGUUACCACGAUGGAAAUUGUUCGUUUUUUUUUGUAAUUAUAUAAUGUUUUUGAUUAUGAUGCAAUCUAUAAGCAGUGGCCUAUUUUGAAAUGUUUUUAUUUGUCAAAUUAGAAUCUUGUAUACCAAAAUAUCAGUAAUCAUGUUUUAUGAAAACCAAGUGAAAAAAGCUCAUUUUGAAUGUAGUUGUGUUCAUUUCCACCGGUGCUUUUCUAUUACGUUUGUCCAAAAUUUAUAAUUCUGUAAAUCUGGUAUGUUUAACAGUUUUUUUUUUUUUUAAUACAGUGUAUAUAUAUAUAUAUAUAUAUAUAUAUAUAUAUAUAUAUAUAUAUAUAUAUAUAUAUAUAUAUAUAUAUGUAUUUGCUCUGACAGCAAACCAGCAUACAAGCUGAUAAACAUUUUUAACAGUAGUUGGCUGCAGUAUAAAAUGUUCUUACUGAGUUAAAGCACAUGUGGUCUAUCGAAUCGUUCUAGCCAACAGGCCACAACACUGCAGCUCUACAACAUACAUUUAUUUUUGUGGUCAUUUAUACCAGUCAUUUGUUAAGCUUAUUUCUUUAUUUUAUUUUUAUUUUAUUCAUAUUUAGGAAACUUUUUUUUUUGUCUAUAUGUUUGCAAAGGACCAAGCUUUUGCUCCCAAAUUUCCCCAGAAUAUAUAUAAUUGUAAUUAUAUAUACAGUUUAGGUGAUUUGUUAUGCAGUAAUGGUUUACUGGUUCAAAACUGAAUUUCACAAAAUUCAGAUCACAGCAAUUUGAUGAGGAUCUACUUCUUGGUGCUUUCUACAAAACCUCAGCUCAUUGCCGGGAAUAGAUUGUUACAUUACAGUAUAAUCUUGGCUUGUUCAUUCCUCAAAUCCACUUUAAAUCAGUAAGAUCUGUACAUUUACUAUAAAAUAUAUAGUGUAUUCAUCAUUAAUAGUGCUAAUUGCAAGGUUUAGAUAUUUUGUUCAUUUUUGUAUCUGUUUAGUACAUUUCAACUUAUUGAUAUUUGUUUUUCUGUAAGUACUGAUCAUUGUUUUUAUAGGUAUCCUUGUCAUUUUUAUGUGUAUGCCUUAAUUUUAUCAUCGCUGAAAGACUGUUUUCUUUCUUUCUCCCUUCAUGUCAGUGUUAUCAGUAUUUGGUUUUCUUAAGCCUUUUUUCUGCAUGGAACACUCGUUAUUAAUUAACUGUUAACAUGUAUUACGUAAGACAUUGCUAUGUAUGUUUUGAAAUAAUUCACGUUUUCCUUCGUCUUGCAUUGUGGUUCCAUAUAAUGAUUUUGGUUAAUAUGCACAGACCAGACUGAUAGGUGAAUUAAGAAAAUCUCAAUGUCAAGAACACUUUGUAUUUCUAUCUUGUUUACUAAAUUCAGACUGUUA